AUGGGCGCCGAGGACGUUCGCGACGGGGAGGAGGAGAAGGAGGAGGAGGGGGAUGGGGAGGAGUGGCGCGACCCCUCCAUCGCCGCGUGGGAAGAGGCCGCCGCGGCCGUCUCCCCGGCCGUCUCCUCCGAGCCCGGCGCCCGGCCCCGCGCGCAGCACGCCGAGCCGUGGACCGAGUCCCUCGCGCCGUCCCUCCGCGACGCCAUCGACGCGCUCGAUUGGUCGCAGACGCACGCCGCGCUCAUACCCAACGCAUGGAACAGGGUGCGGCUCGCGACGUUCGCGGAGACCUGGGCGGUGUUCGGCGUCUGGCCCCCGGCGGAUGCGGAAGAGAAGGCGCGAAUUGGGAAGAGGCGGGUCGUGCUGGAGGCGUACGGCGACGGCGGCAUCCAUCGCGCGCUGACGCGUCUGCGACCGGACGACGUGCAGUACCUCGCGAUGCGGGUGUCGACCGAGCGCGGGGGGGAACCGCGGUUCAUCGCGGCGGCGUGGCUGGGCCCGACAUCCCAGGCGUUCAUCCCCGACGACGACGAAGACGACGACGAACCGACGACGCGUGGCGACGAUCCGGAGGGAGUCCCGGCGGAUGCGAACCCCCGCGCGAGGUGGCGGAGGGAGUGGGCGGCGGUGCGGCACUACCUCGCCGGCGCGCACGCGUACGUCGCCGUGGACGGCCGCGAGUUUGCCGCGGGCGACGCGAGCGGCGGCGGCGGCGGCGGCGGCGGCGGCGGGGAUGGGGACGCCGAGGCGGCGACGGCGGCGGCGUCCACCCCGUCUUCGUUUGACUUUGCCGCGGCGCUGAGACACGUUCACCGAGACGGCGUCGGAGAAACCACGCACUACGAUUACGACGCGCCGGGUGACGCGGAGAGGAACGCGGCCGGGGAGGGCGUCGACGCCCUCGCCGCGGCGCUCGCGACCCUCCGAGGAGACGACGACGACGGCGAAGGUUCGAAUCAUCGCGAAGGGUCCGAUCGCGAGGCGGAGGGAUCCUCCGACCUCGGCUCCGUCGACCUCGGCUCCGUCGAUGCCGCCGUCGACGCCCGCGGCGAGGCGCUCGCGUCCCUCCGCGCUGAGCUCGCCGUUCACGCGCGCGCGCUCCAUCGCGCCGCCUGGGCCGCGGACGCCGAGAGGGCGCGAGCGUCGCACGAUCGAUGCCGAGCCGAGACGCUUCGAGCGACGGGCGCGAUGGGGGCGGCGAAAUCGGAGGCGCUGCGACGAAGACUCGCGACGCGGGCCGCGGACAGGGCGGAGGCCGGCGAACGAGUUGGGUGA